UAUAUAUAUAUAUAUAUGUAUAUAUUGCAGUGUGUACCACUGGAAAGUUUUUUAAAACUCUUUUCCAAAAGACCAAACCAGACAUUCCUAAAGACAGAAUUUGAAGCUCUACUCCCUGCUCUUGUUUAUCGUCUGCAAGUCGAACAAUGUGCCAUAAAUACUGACUCAAAGAAUAAAAUUGGACCCACCACAUUUCAAACAUGGAUGUAUGGAAUUGGUUUCUCCCUACUGGUCUGUACCGUUUCCAUGAUCGGGAGUAUCUUGGUACCGUUUAUGGACUCUCCUUACUUCACCAGAGGUCUGCAGUUCCUUGUAGGUAUGGGUGCCAGUUGUCUCUAUGGUACAGCCAUGAUUAUUCUAAUUCCGCACUCAAUUGAGAUGGACAUCACUGUGGAGUAUUUGGCCAAAAUUACUGUGGUCAGCUUCACUAUUCUGUUAUUGAACUGUGGUGGAAAUAUUCUGAAAUGUCUUUUUAAGCGAAGAAAGGAAGUACCAAAAGACGCGGAAGUACAGAAUCAUCCGAUGGUAAGCUCGGACCAGAAACAUGGACAUACGCACGAGGCACGUUCAGAUACCCCAGGAACCGUUGGCUGGGUGGUACUCAUCGGUGAUAUGCUUCAUAAUUUCUUAGACGGUGUUUCCAUGGGUGCUGCCUUCAGUACAGACAUAACGACAGGUUUUAGUAUUUCUUUAGCUAUAAUCUGCGAAGAACUUCCACACGAACUUGCUGAUAUCGCCAUUUUGGUGAGUUCUGGUCUUCGCAUAAGGAAGGCUCUCCUGUAUAAUUUUCUGGCUGCCCUGCCGUGUGUUUUGGGUCUGGUCGUUGGCAUACUGAUUGGAGGACAAACAGCCACUGGCACGUGGAUAUUUGCCGCCACAGGAGGACUCUUUCUGUAUAUAUCACUAGGUAUCAUUAUUCCAGAAAUGCGAUCAGUUAGCCAUAAAAUGAACGAACUAAAAGUCCAUUGUCUUCAUAUAUCCGGACUUACAUUCGGGUUCUCCAUUGUCAUUAUUCUGGCUCUCUACGGAGAUAACAUCUCAGUAUGAUAACAAGCUGCCGCAACUGUAACACGCUUCUAUGAUAUUUAACAUCUAUUCACACCAGUCCAGUUGGAACUUUGUCUCAUUCGUGAUAAUUUCAAAAGAAUUGCCAAAGACUCGUUCAUCCACGUAUCUCAAAACUAAACCUGACAUGGUAGUCAGUACCUCCUCAUACAUGAAUCUUAAAAACCAGGCAUAUGAUGUAAAUACAGAAACACGUCUAAUUCUUUUAUUAUUUUGUUGGUUUUAUCCAGAGGCAGUUGCUAUGCUGGGGCAACCACUUGAGUCUUUGCCAAUAUAUCCGCAUGAAUGUAGAUGAAGCAGAUAGAAUGGUUCAAAUAUCUUAUUAUAUAAACUCUUACGCUUGUAAAACAGCGACAUAUAUAUAUAUAUGUAUGUGUGUGUGUGUUCAUGUGUGUGUGUGUGUGUGUGUGUGCGUGUGCGUAUGUGUGUAUAAUAUAUAUAUAUAUAUAUAUA